CUUUGAUUUAGUGCAAUGAUCACGGAUUAAGCGUCGUGAAGGGAAAUUUUGAGAUACCUGCAACAUUUGAUGUUCCGCUUGUGGCAACAUUGAGAGAAUGAAAACAAGUGUGGAAGAUUCAUGACAGAUUUGCGUACAGCGCAAAAUUAUUUUGUUACUGUUAUGUGCAUUAUUGUGUGAACGUGAGAAGCAUGUCAGUGAUACUUAACAGCAGGCAUCUGCCUGUAGUGAAACUCGUUCCCUGCAUACAGAGAACUUUUUCGCAUGCUGCUUCGUCCAGUAGUUUGUUUACUGAAACAUUUUUUCCAAGUGUCCAGUGUUUGCAAGCAAGAACAUUCAAGUCCAACCUCAUAAUAAAAUGGGUUCGCCCGCCGAAGAUUCCCUGCAUAGAUCCAGUAAAGAGCGGCGACCUGGAGCCCGCUGCUGAAGUGGACACGAAUCGGCUGCCUCCCGAAUUUGAAAAAGUUGAAGCAAGUAAAGAUAUCAGUGAUCUUGCGAAAAGAAUUCUCUCGCUCGACUUCAGACAUGCAAAUGUUACUGCAAAAGUAGCAAGGGAUGAAAUGGUGGACUCUGUGAAAGUGCAUAACCUGGACAAAACUUCAGAUGAAGCUGUUAUUGCAGAGAUGACUGCAAGGAUACGUUCAUUGCAGAGACACAUGGAGCAGUUUCCACGUGACAAAAAGAAUAAAGUUGUGCUCAAAGAGAUGAUAGACAGGAGGAAGAAACGGUUAAAGUUUUUGCGAGCCAAGGAUUACAAGCGGUUUGAAUGGUUGCUAGAAAAGCUCCAGCUUGAAUACAGGCCACCUCCAGACUUCUUCUAUCGAGUAACACGUAAGGAUUCAUUACGUAAGCUGACAGCACAACACUGCACCCACAUACGGAGGCAACGCCUGUACGAGCUGCGCCGGAGUUUUGAGGAGCAAAAGCCAAUAUUCUUACAAGAAAAAGCAGAAAAGUUGUCCUGGAUUCGACAACAAGAACUGGAAUGUGGUGUGGAGCCUUCUGUAUCAGAAGAAGAUAUUCUGAAGGUUCAGCAGCAACUGAAGGAGCUUGAGGCAGCUAGAGCAGUGAAAGCUGCCCAACAACAAAAAACAGACAAAGCCACAUAAGGCACCCUGCUGUUGGUUGUCUGUAAACAUGUUACAUGUACUCCAGAUGUUGUUUACUGGUUUUUUGUGUACACAAAAAAUAAAAUAGAAUUCAUUAACCAAA